UGUUUUGUAAAGCGUGUUGGAAUUGAACGAAUUAUGUGUCUAUUUAUGAAGUUUACUAUAACUGCGACGAUACUAUUUCUACUCGGGGGUUUAGUAUUUUGCAUGUUCUACGAGUAAAUGUCAAAUGUCCGGUCGAAAGGGAGAAAAAAAUCUUCGAUUGGUCCAUCACGACCUCAACUCUCAGAUCUCGCGGAUGGUGGCGUUCAUCGAGCACGAGGCUCAAGAGCGAGUGGAAGAGAUUGACUGCAAGACGGAGGGAGAGUGUUGCUACGAGAAGAGUCGCCUGAUCCACCAGGCGAGGCUGGAGAUGCAGCGGGUGUACGACAAGAAGGAGAGGGCGGUGUUGAAGCAGGAGCAGACCGAGCGAGCGACCCUGAGUAACCAGGCGAGACUGAGGAACCUGGCGUGUAGAGAGGCGCACAUCGCGCGGGUAGAAGCGGAGGUCCAGGAACGACUAAUGACCAGACUGGCUGACAGCAAGCAGUACAGAGAACUGCUGUACAAGCUACUGGUGCAGGGAGUCUGCAGACUGCUGGAGAAGAACGUACAGGUCCGAGUGUUGGAGAGAGACGUGAAGCUGGUAGAGGAGCUGUUCCCCCAGACUAGGGAGUACUACAGUCGUGAGGUGGGGGGACAACUGAAGCUAUCCCUGGACACCUCGGCACACCUCCCUCCCAGCAGCCUGGGCGGCGUGGAGCUCUUCAUCCCUAGUCACAGGAUCCGUGUAGUCAACACACUACACAGCAGGACACAGAUGAUUGUGCGACAGCUGGUCCCGGCCAUCAAACACUCGCUGUUCGACAGCUUUGAUAAAAACCAGGGUCUCACACAUUAA